GAAGCACUGGCUGGCUCAAGGUGCUCUCUCCACCCUUAGUAAUGGCCGCCGUGCGGCGCACCGCUAGUCACGUGACGUCCAUUCCAGUCUAUAUUUCCAUGGUCUCAAGUCGAGGUCAGUUGCACAGCAGCAAGUCUGACUUGUUAUAACGUCGAUGACCUUUUGUUUGCACGCUCGUUUGUUGCAGGAAGCACGACGAGUUCACGAGGCAGCUGGAAGCGAGCAUGUCGAAAGAGGAGAGAAAAGCUCUUUAUAGGGAGCAGGAAAGGCUGCUGCUGGAAAUGGAGAAGAAGGGAGAGCAGAUCGGUAAACUCUACCGACAUCAAAGACAGGUUAAACGUGUCCAGAAAGAGGCCAAGACUCAGAAGGGUCGUGGAGACAAGGAGAGAAGGGCUACAACAGCGGCCCCUAGAGGUCACCCUGCUGCACAGCUCAAACCCAGACCAGGAGAACUCAGCAGUAGGAAUUUGGGGCUGUUGAGGGACUUGAAGGCAGUGCAGGCUUCACUAAAGACCUGAGCCUCUGCGCACUUUCAGCAAUAAAAGAUGGCAUUUCUUCUGCAGUCCCUCGACUGAUGGUCAACAAAUGCAGCUGAUUUUUAAAUACUGAUGAACUUUUGUGAACUUUAAUAAAAGCUGGUUUGUUAUCUUCAUAUCAGAUUUUUUUUUUUAAUUUUGGUUGUUGUGACGAGGCGGUGUUGUGACCCUCCAUCACAGAUUUUGCACUUAUGGACAAUUCAACUUAAAGCAUUUUCUUCUCCAAA